AUGGCCGAUCCGCAGGGUGGCAGCACGUCUGGCCGUCUGAAGCUGUUCACGCGACGCCCGAAGAAGGCACGAGAAACGGCAGGAGCUGCAGCCAGAGCUCCCCCGGACCUCCCCGCGCGCUCCUCCCCUUGGGGCAUCUUCUCCCUCUUCUCCUCCCCCGCAUCUCCGCCAGCGCCCCUAUCCGCCCAAGGACCCAGGUCCGCGGGAGUUCCCCCCGGGUCAGCAGCUGGGGGAGCUCCCCGCCCCCCCCUGCUGUACCGCAUGCGGGGAGCGUUCAGUUUCCUUCUCGCCCUCAACCUCGUGCUGGGAGUUUCCUGCUCGCCCUCAACCUCGUGCUGGGAGCAGCGUGCUGGGUUGGGCUUCUCAGCCCCCUUAGCCCCCUCCCCCUUACCCCCCUCUCCCUUACCCCCCUCCCCCUUACCCCCCUUCCCCUUACCCCCCUCCCCCUUACCCCCCUCCCCCUUACCCCCCUCCCCCUUACCCCCCUCCCCCUUACCCCCCUCCCCCUACCCCCCUCCCCCUUACCCCCCUCCCCCUUACCCCCCUCCCCCUUACCCCCCUCCCCCUUACCCCCCUCCCCCUUACCCCCCUCCCCCUUACCCCCCUCCCCCUUACCCCCCUCCCCCUUACCCCCCUCCCCCUUACCCCCCUCCCCCUUACCCCCCUCCCCCUUACCCCCCUCCCCCUUACCCCCCUCCCCCUUACCCCCUUCUCCCUUGCGAGUACGUCCCCAUGCCGCAUGCAAGGAAGGGGGGAUAUAUCCCCAUGCCACAUGCUAAGGGGUGGCUCUUCAUGCCACAUGCUAAGGGGUGGCUCUUCAUGCCACAUGCUAAGGGGUGGCUCUUCAUGCCACAUGCUAAGGGGUGGCUCUUCAUGCCACAUGCUAAGGGGUGGCUCUUCAUGCCACAUGCUAAGGGGUGGCUCUUCAUGCCACAUGCUAAGGGGUGGCUCUUCAUGCCACAUGCUAAGGGGUGGCUCUUCAUGCCACAUGCUAAGGGGUGGCUCUUCAUGCCACAUGCUAAGGGGUGGCUCUUCAUGCCACAUGCUAAGGGGUGGCUCUUCAUGCCACAUGCUAAGGGGUGGCUCUUCAUGCCACAUGCUAAGGGGUGGCUCUUCAUGCCACAUGCUAAGGGGUGGCUCUUCAUGCCACAUGCUAAGGGGUGGCUCUUCAUGCCACAUGCUAAGGGGUGGCUCUUCAUGCCACAUGCUAAGGGGUGGCUCUUCAUGCCACAUGCUAAGGGGUGGCUCUUCAUGCCACAUGCUAAGGGGUGGCUCUUCAUGCCACAUGCUAAGGGGUGGCUCUUCAUGCCACAUGCUAAGGGGUGGCUCUUCAUGCCACAUGCUAAGGGGUGGCUCUUCAUGCCACAUGCUAAGGGGUGGCUCUUCAUGCCACAUGCUAAGGGGUGGCUCUUCAUGCCACAUGCUAAGGGGUGGCUCUUCAUGCCACAUGCUAAGGGGUGGCUCUUCAUGCCACAUGCUAAGGGGUGGCUCUUCAUGCCACAUGCUAAGGGGUGGCUCUUCAUGCCACAUGCUAAGGGGUGGCUCUUCAUGCCACAUGCUAAGGGGUGGCUCUUCAUGCCACAUGCUAAGGGGUGGCUCUUCAUGCCACAUGCUAAGGGGUGGCUCUUCAUGCCACAUGCUAAGGGGUGGCUCUUCAUGCCACAUGCUAAGGGGUGGCUCUUCAUGCCACAUGCUAAGGGGUGGCUCUUCAUGCCACAUGCUAAGGGGUGGCUCUUCAUGCCACAUGCUAAGGGGUGGCUCUUCAUGCCACAUGCUAAGGGGUGGCUCUUCAUGCCACAUGCUAAGGGGUGGCUCUUCAUGCCACAUGCUAAGGGGUGGCUCUUCAUGCCACAUGCUAAGGGGUGGCUCUUCAUGCCACAUGCUAAGGGGUGGCUCUUCAUGCCACAUGCUAAGGGGUGGCUCUUCAUGCCACAUGCUAAGGGGUGGCUCUUCAUGCCACAUGCUAAGGGGUGGCUCUUCAUGCCACAUGCUAAGGGGUGGCUCUUCAUGCCACAUGCUAAGGGGUGGCUCUUCAUGCCACAUGCUAAGGGGUGGCUCUUCAUGCCACAUGCUAAGGGGUGGCUCUUCAUGCCACAUGCUAAGGGGUGGCUCUUCAUGCCACAUGCUAAGGGGUGGCUCUUCAUGCCACAUGCUAAGGGGUGGCUCUUCAUGCCACAUGCUAAGGGGUGGCUCUUCCUUAUCCCUCUCCCUGCCCUUCCUCACCAGGCUACAUGCUGUUUCACGGAAAGGCCCUGUUGA